AGUUUCACAAAACCCCUCCUCUCUCACUUUCCCUUUGCUCUCACCCAAAUUUCACACACAUAUUUGUAAUAUAUUUUUAUAUACAGAGAGAGAGAGAAGGAGAUUUUUUAUAUAUUAAAUCUUUCAAAUUUCUCCGAGGAAAUGGCCGCCGUCAAUUUGCAACUGCCGCCGGGAUUCCGGUUCCACCCGACCGACGAAGAGCUCGUCAUGCACUACUUGAUCCGGAAAUGUGCAUCUCAAUCCAUCGCCGUUCCGAUCAUCGCCGAAAUCGACCUCUACAAGUACGAUCCCUGGGAAUUACCAGGUUUAUCUUUGUACGGUGAGAAGGAGUGGUACUUCUUCUCGCCCCGGGACCGGAAGUAUCCGAACGGUUCGAGGCCGAACCGCGCUGCCGGCAGCGGUUACUGGAAGGCGACCGGCGCGGACAAGCCGAUCGGUCAGCCGAAGUCAGUCGGAAUUAAGAAGGCGCUGGUGUUCUACUCCGGCAAGGCGCCGAGAGGCGAGAAAACCAAUUGGAUUAUGCACGAGUAUCGGCUCGCCGACGUCGACCGCUCGGCUCGGAAGAAAAACAAUAGCCUUAGGCUGGAUGAUUGGGUGCUGUGCCGCAUAUACAACAAGAAGGGGACGAUCGAGCGACGCCAGCAGCAGCAGCAGCAGGCGAGCGUGAGCAGCCGUAACAUGACGAGCGCGGUGACGACGGAGGAGGACACGAAGCCGGUGAUCCUGACGUCGGUGCCGGAGUCGUCGGCGAUGGUGUACGACGACUUCAUGUACCUCGACGCGUCGGAUUCGAUGCCGCGGCUGCACACGGACUCGAGCUGCUCGGAGCACGUGCUGUCGCCGGAGGUGGAGAGCGCGCCGAAGCUGGCGGAGUGGGAGAGGUCGGCGCUGGAUUUCCCCUUCGGGUACAUGGACGGCGGGGGAGCGGGCGGCGCGCUGUUCCAGGGGAAUUAUCAGAUGGAGUCGAUGCAGGAGGUGUUUGCGCCGUACAUGAGCAAGCCGUUUUGAGGGCUCGGGAGUUUUGGUCGCACGUGGCACAGGAGACUCGGGUCUAUGAGUGUGCACGUGCGACCGCGCCAGGGUUAGUCAGUGUGUUGUAGUAGACUAGUAGUGAUUAGUAGGUAAUUAAAUUUGUAUUACAGUGUAACUUGGGUUGGUAUAAAUGGAUGGAAAGUAUUAGUCAAA